CCCCGGAAAUGGCGAAGCCAGCCGACCCAAUAGUAGUGUCGCAGAGUUAGGCUCCGCCUCUCGGCUGUCCAGCACGCUCGGCUAGAGAGGGAGCUACCGCUCCUCAAGAUGCAAUGCCUGACCACGCCCACACUGCUGCGGGCCCUGGCCCAGGCUGUGCGCACAGGACAUGCUAGUGGCCGGAGCUUCCACAGCAGUGCCAUGGUAGCGACCUAUAAGUACGUGAAUAUGCAGGAACCAGAGAUGGACAUGAGGUCAGUGACUGACCGCGCAGCUCGGACCCUGUUUUGGACUGAGCUCUUCCGAGGCCUGGGCAUGACGCUGAGCUACCUGUUCCGGGAGCCAGCUACCAUCAACUACCCGUUUGAGAAGGGCCCGCUAAGCCCACGCUUCCGAGGGGAGCAUGCUCUGCGCCGUUACCCGUCUGGGGAGGAGCGCUGCAUCGCCUGCAAGCUUUGCGAGGCUGUCUGUCCUGCCCAGGCCAUCACCAUUGAGGCCGAGCCCAGGGCUGAUGGCAGCCGCCGGACCACCCGCUAUGACAUUGACAUGACCAAGUGCAUCUACUGUGGCUUCUGCCAGGAGGCCUGCCCUGUGGAUGCCAUCGUGGAGGGCCCCAACUUUGAGUUCUCCACUGAGACGCACGAGGAGCUGCUGUACAACAAGGAGAAGCUGCUGAACAACGGGGACAAGUGGGAGGCUGAGAUUGCCGCCAACAUCCAGGCUGACUACCUCUACCGGUGAUGUGCCCACCUCUGCUCGGUGCCCGCAGCCCCUGCUGCCCAAUAAAAGCUCUGACCCUCA